AUGCCCGCCACGGGACCCCCCCGGGAUGGGACCAACGGCCUGAGGCGGCUCGGCGUCCGGUACGACGCGAGGGACGCGCUGGCGGACUGGGACCUGAGGUGGAGCUGCACAGCGACCACCGUCUCCCCCCCCGAAUUCUUGCUGUGGAGGAGCAGCGGCGUCGCCUUCGUCCCCCGGGGAGGGGGAGGAGACGCCGCCCCCAUCCCAAACCCCACCCUGCAGAGCAGCCGCCGGGCUCGGGCUGACGGACAGCUGGGGGCAGAGCGGGGCUUCUGGGGGGACGUCGUUACCGGCCCCUUCCUCAUCUUCGGCCUCAUCCCCAUCAGCAAACAUGAGAAGACGGCCACGGAGAUCUCAGUGGCCAAAGUCACGGAGCUGCUGUGGGAGCUGCAUGGAGGGGGGGGCCGUGAGGAGCCCCCCCGGGAUGAAAGCGAUGAGGAUGGGGAUGCGGACCCCCCUGAGGACCCUCUGUGGGAUGGGGGCAGCCCCAUGGGUCCAGCGCUGCCCCCGUCCGUCCGGAUUCGGUUCCUGCCCCUCGGUUCGGCCCAGUGCCCCCCAGUUCGGGCUGGGUUGGAGCAGCGCUGCGGGGUCCUCGUGCUGGGCUGGAGGUCCCUGGAGGAGCUGACCCCCCCCCUGCUGCGCCUGGCGGCCCCCGCAGCCGUUCUGCUGGUAGAGCUGCCCACCUUCGUGCCCGUCCUGCGGCCGCCGCAGAUCGAGGCGUUCCGGGAGCGGGCAGCGACCCUGGCCCGCGGGGGGGGCUUCGAGCCCUGGGAGGGGCCAGAAGUUCCCCCGGGCUACGCACGAUUCCGGCGCAGCCCCCCCCCCUGAGCCCCCCCCUCCUCCCCCACUAACCCG